CGCGCUUAAAACAACAAAAACAACGUGACGUUUUUAGUCUUUUAGUCUGACUACUUCCGCCUUGUGCUUUCAACGCAUGUUUCUCUGAGCAGCUGUGUUUAUCAGAAGUCAGUAUGAACCAGGAGAAAUUGGCUAAACUUCAAGCCCAGGUCCGGAUAGGGGGCAAGGGAACGGCGCGCAGGAAGAAGAAGGUGGUGCACAGAACAGCAACAGCUGAUGACAAGAAACUUCAAAGUUCGUUAAAGAAGCUUGCAGUCAAUAACAUAGCUGGCAUUGAAGAGGUGAAUAUGAUUAAAGAUGAUGGCACAGUCAUUCACUUCAAUAACCCCAAAGUGCAGGCGUCUCUCUCUGCCAAUACGUUCGCCAUCACAGGCCACGCAGAGACCAAACAGCUUACAGAAAUGCUCCCGGGAAUCCUCAGUCAACUUGGCGCUGACAGUCUCACAAGUCUGCGCAAACUCGCCGAGCAGUUUCCCAGACAGGUUCUGGACAACAAAGCUCCGAAAGCUGAAGAUAUCGAUGAAGAAGAUGAUGAUGUCCCGGAUCUCGUAGAGAACUUCGACGAGGCAUCAAAGAACGAGGCAAACUGAGCACCUUCAGUAAAUGCUGUUCAGAAGUCUCCUGCAGUGUUUUUAAAUCAGUCACAGACAUAUCAUUUCAACACUAUUCAAUGAAACAAGAGACUUUUAUAUCAUAAAUUGGCCAUUCCUGACCCUUCUCCUGCAUUUAUACAGAACGACGGACAGUUAAUUGAAUGCUCAGUGGUUCUAAAUCUUAUCAUGUUGCUAGUUGAAAUGCUAGUUUUGACGGCGAUGGUUAUAAAAAUAAGUCUUAAUUCUUUUUUUUCUGUUUAUUAAAUAAAGAUAAAGCUCAUAAAACUA